AUGUCCGUCCGUCUCGCCGGCACCGCUCUCCGCGAGAUUCGCAUUCAUUUGUGCCAGAAGAGCCCCGCCUCGGCCGGAGUCCGUGCUUUCAUCGAAAACGACUAUGUGGGCAUCAAGAAGGCCAAUCCGCAGUUCCCAAUUCUGAUCCGCGAGGCGUCUGGCAUUGUGCCAAGAGUUUUUGCGAGAUAUGAGCAUGGAGUGGAGAGAGUCGCCACUCUGGAAGACUUGUCGAGAGAAAAUGUCAAAUCCACCAUUGCUCAAUUGGCCGGCCAGAAGUAA